AUAUGCUAUAUUUCAAAAAGUAUUGGGAUACCCCUCCAAAUCAUUGGAUUCAGGUGUUCCAAUCACCUCCAUGGCUGCAGGUGUAUAAAAUCAAGCACUGCUUCUACAAACAUUUGUGAAAGAAUAGUUCACUUUCAGGAGCUCAGUGAAUUCAAGUUUGGCACCGUGAUAGGUUGCCACCUGAGCAAUAAGUCCACCUGUGAAAUUUCUUUGCUACUAAAUAUGCCACAGCCAACUGUUAGUGGUAUUAUAACAAAGUGGAAGCAACUGGGAACAACAGAAACUCAUCCACAAAGUGGUAGGUCACAUAAAAUGACAGGGCAGGGUCAGUGCAUGCUGAAGCGCACAGUGCGCAGAAGUUGACAACUGUCUGCAGAGUCAAUAGCUAAAGACCUCCAAACUUCAUGUGGCCUUCAGAUUAGCACAACAGUGCAUAGAGAGCUUCAAAAAAUGGGUUUCCAUGGCCAACCAGCUACAUCCAAGCCUUACAUCACCAAGUGUAAUGCAAAGCGUUGGAUGCAGUUGUGUAAAGUACACCUCCACUGGACUCUAG